AUGGCCGCUGCAGACCUGCUCUUCGCCAUGUGCCUGCGGCACCGCGGCGUGCACGUGGAGAACUACGGGUUCCUGGUGCCGGGCGGGCAGCCGUGGGGCGCGGACGAGUUGGCGCAGGAGUUCGUGGUGAAUUUCCACCAGGCGUACGACGCUCUCCUGAGCGGCAGCGGCGGCGAUCCUCUAGUGCGCUCGCCCUACUGGGACGCGCAGCCGCCGCCGCUCCACGGCUGCCUGCUCGUGGCCCACCCGGUGGAGAGUCCGGGCCACCUCGGGCGCGUGCACGCCGCGGUGCUGGCCGCGCGCCGGCGCGAGGUGUCGCCGCUGGGGCGGCCGCGCUCGUGCCUGCCGGCGCCGCUGGCGCUUGCGCGGCAGGCCGAGGUGCGCAUCAGGGCGCCCGGCGGCUCGACGAAGCAGUUCUGGAGCUCCGGGCUGCUGGCAGGCCUCGACCGCUGCCUGCGGCGCCGGCCGAGCCCGCGGUGCGAGUGGCGCGCGCUCUCGGGGCAGUGCCUCGGCCUGAGCCUCUACGAGCCGGGGCGCACCGCGGCGGAUUGCGCUUCCGCUUGCUGCAGCUCGGGCGACGCUUGCGAGGUGUUCCAGUUCAACAUCGAGGAGGGCUGCUGGCUGGGCUCCCGGCUGGGCUGCCCGGAGCAGGGGGCCGCCGAGCCGGGCCGCUGGGAGGGCGCCGUGAAGUCGGGGGCGUAG